AUCAAACGACGGAUGUGACUAACAAGAACAGACGAUCAAGCCUAUUGAGUUUUCAGUGAUGCCCUGAAAGUAUAUUCCAUAAUGGUGACAGCCUCUAUACAGGAUUAAGAACCAGGCAUCGUCCUGGCUGAUUGGAGUAUAAGAUUAAAGCAACUCCGAUGUUCAAUGUUAUGAAUUCUCGGCAUAGAGUUGCGUAAUAACAUUUUAUUUUAAAAUCAGGUUAGUCGGAUGUGCUACUCCAGGUUAUUUUAGAACAUUUUCAUCCAUAGUGUGCAGAUAGACAUCACACAGCCCUUAUUGGAUAAGCACCUUGCUCGUUCCAAAAGAUUUGCGCAGGAGGUACGAGCAGAGCGACAUAUAUAAAGGAUGAUGAAGGUUCUAUCAUCAACUGAUCGAACCAUGAAGCUCGUCUUAGCCAUUUGCUACAAUCUUCUUCUUCUAAUUACGGAGAUUCGAGCUGAUGACAGUUCUAAAAGCUCGGAAUCGAAGGAAGAAUACGAUGAUACUGGCAUAUUUCGGAUAUGGCCCUCUUACUACGGAUAUGCUGAUGACAGUUCUAAAAUCUUGGAAUCAAAGGAAGAAAACGAUGAUAGGAUAUGGCCCUCUUCCGAAUAUGAACAUCCUGGUAACGCCGGAGGGACAGCGCAGGAGGAAGUUGAUGAGCAACCGGAAAAUGAAAGUCCGCAAACGCCAAGCACCAGCUUCAACGAAGAAAGUGCUAGCACCCCAUUCACGAGGACAGAUCAGAGUAGCAGUGUUUCUUUUGGGACAGUUAGUGUCACCACAUUCGGAAGUACCACACUGUAUAGAAAAUCUAGUGAAAGCAGUGACAAUGAUGGCGAAAUCGAUAAAGGCACUAGCGACGGUGAAGAAAAUGAGACGGACGGUGAAGAAAAUGAGACGGACAAUGAAGAAAACGGUGAGGGAGGUGGGCGUACAUCACCUAUGGUAACCAUGGCAACGAUAACAUCGGAUAGCGGAAAACGGGAUUUUUUCCCACUCCAACCUCUUUCGGGGAGACCUUGUUUCGUAAUUGGAAAUCAAAACGAACCAUUCUGCAAAUGCACUUCACCUCCGCCCCGAUUACCAAAAUUUCCCAUAUGUUCGCAACGGUAUUCCAGGCCGGGUGAAAUGAAAAGCAGCAGACGGCAUGGCGAUUGCGAUAUCUUCUGUGUAUGCUGGAUUUUGGCGUUCGUUGGAGUUGUGAUCGGCGCGGUAUGCAAAGUAUCGAUGAACAGAAAGACCCACUUCUAAAUGUCAUCUUGCCAGAAUAUUAAGAUGUACUUUUUUCAGUACAGAUAAUAGUUACACCCUUCCUGACAUUCCAAGUGCCAUUUCCAUUCUAAAACAUAGACUCUGAGGUACUGUAACUUUUGCAAUACUACUGUCUGACUAGAAUUUAUGACACAGAUCUGUAUCACUCUCCGUAUCUUUUUUUUUUUUUUUUUUUUUUUUUUUGGGGGGGGGGUGGCGUUCCGUUUCAACUCUUUCUGUUGUAACUUUUGAUAACUUCUCUGAAGUACAUGGGGCCUGUUUCAUGACACUUGUUAUAUUAACAUUUUUUUUUCAAUAACAGUUUUGAUAACUUCUCUGAAGUACAUGGGGCCUGUUUCAUGACACUUGUUAUAUUAACAUUUUUUUUUCAAUAAAAGUUCAGAACUGAAAGCAAAUGAUUUGAUUGGCUGAUCAUAGUGCACUUGUUAUAUAGAAUUUGUGCAGGUUUUUAAAAAUAUUCAUGAAACAGGGCCCUUAUUUGAUUAUCAUCUAAUUUGAUAGUUUAUAAAAAUCAGUAUGAAAGAACAGACCCUGCUUGAAACUUCAAUCAACCAAAUCUAGUGCACAUAGCAAAAGUAAACCAUAUUGUCAUCAUAUUCAUGUAUACUGUGUGGCAAAACCAGUCAAUUGUGACUGACUGUCAAACAAAAAGUAGAAAAAUAGUUGUUUAAACGACAAUGGCCUUUAAUUACUACACGAUUACUUCACAGUCAGGUCUUUACAGCUGCAAAUUUAGAACAAAAGGUUGUAUCGACUAGCUAUAAAAAUAACCAAAUCAGUAAUUAAAACAUUAAAUACACUUUAAAAAUAUUGGGUUAAAAUGCUCCAUGAGGGUAAUUAUGUGUCCAUCCAACAUUGGGCAUUUUUAUUUAUCCAGUGUGAUGAAAAUUUUGCCCAUUCUAAAGUAAUUACUGCUUAUUUCUUAACCUUACUGAACGAUAUGCUUCCCGCAUCGGGUAAAAUACUUCCCAAAAUUGGUUGGACACAUAAUACCCUCGUGCUGGUCAAAAUUUUACCCAAUAUUUUUAUGGUUUAGACUAUGACCUAAAACGGGAUUUUUGUGUCGAGGAUGAUGUCCUUCCUAAAAGCCUCCGCUCUUCAUUGUCAUGUUGGACCCCUGACAUGUGCGUGGUACCACGAUCAACAAACGGGUGUCAUCUGUAAAUUGAUGAGGGGGGUCAAAAAGACUUACAAAAUAAAAAUGGUAGGAACAUUACAUACUUUCUCACUCUUCAUUUCGAUUUGACGAUCCCGUUGACUGGUUAAACAUGUCAACCCGGUUGGUGUUUCAUCAACAUUUUUCUGACAACUCUACUUGAUUUUGAUUGGCUGAGAUGUGUAUACGGACCCAUCACAAUGCCUUCACCACAUGGCGAGAUGCUUUAUCUGGCCAUGUCAAAUUAAUAGCCUUAUUAUGUCAACAUGGCGAGUUGUUUCAUCUUGCCAUGUCGACUUAAUAGCUUAAUUAUGUCGACAUGGUGAGAUACGUUAUCUUGCCAAGUUUUUAAAAAUUGCAUGUUGACACGAGUUACUUUUUCUUGCCAAGUCGACUUUCUGUUUUUAAAAAGUAAUACGUUAACAUGGCGAGAUAACUCUUUAUAUUUCGACACGGCAAUAUAAAAUAUAUCGCCAUGUUGACAUUAACCUUAUAUAACUCGACUUGACAAGAUAACAUACUUCGCCAUGUCGACAUGUCAUUUUACAAUAUAAAGGCAUUUGUUUCGGAAUGCGACCCCCCCCC